AUGGGCAGCAUCGAGGAAUCCAGCUUUAGUGAGCUGAAUAAGGACCUCGACUAUGAUGUACUCAUCAUUGGAGCUGGUCUCUCUGGCAUGUACUCUCUUCAUCGCAUGCAUCAGCUUGGGCUUCGAACAAAGAUCCUCGAGGCGGGUGGCGAUGUCGGUGGAACUUGGUACUGGAAUCGCUACCCAGGCGCACGAUUCGACUCCGAAAGCUACUCAUACAAUUUCUCAUUCUCUCAGGAGAUCCUUGACGAGUGGAACUGGUCAGAGCAUUUUGCCUCCCAACCUGAAACUCUACGCUAUUGCGAGUUUGUAUGCAAAAAGCUCGACUUGCGUCGAGACAUGCAAUUUGAUACGCGGAUCACAGCGGCAUAUUUCCAAGAUGAGACAAAUGCAUGGCUUCUCAAGGAUGAGCAAGGCCGCCAAUAUACUUCUCGUUUUUUGGUGACUUGUAUUGGAAUAUUGAAUAACUAUACAAUGCCUAAUAUCCCCGGCGUUCAUGAUUAUAAAGGGGAGGCAUACCACACAGCCCGUUGGCCAAGCGUUCCGGUUAGCUUUGAGAACAAACGUGUUGCUAUUAUUGGAACCGGAGCUACUGGUAUUCAAGCAACUCAAGAAAUUGUGAAGACGGCCGGUCAUCUCACCGUGUUCCAACGGACACCAAACUGGAGUUUACCUUUACGCAAUGCACCUAUCAGUCCUGAGGAGAUGGAUGAGAUCCGGUCUCAGUAUCCUGAAAUCUUUCGAAAAUGUGCAGAAUCAUACUCCUGCUUUAUGCAUGUCUCAGAUACCCGCAACACUCUCGAAGUGAGCCCAGAAGAGAGGCAAACAUUCUGGGACGAUUUAUAUGAGAAGCGAGGCUUUGAAAAGUGGCUGGGCAAUUUUGGGAACAUUAAUACGAACAAGGAGGCCAAUGACCUAUUUAGCGAUUUUGUCGCGAAUAAGAUUAGACAACGUGUCAAGGACCCUUGGACAGCGGAAACACUAAUUCCCAAAUGCCAUGGUUUCGGAACUAAGCGCGUUCCCCUUGAAUCUGGAUACUUCGAGGCUUACAAUCAACCGAAUGUGAGAUUGAUUGACGUGAAGUCCAAUCCCAUUGAAUGUAUUUCAAAGAAAGGCAUUCGCACUCGAGACGAAGAUUUUGAAUUUGACAUUAUCAUCUACGCAACCGGGUUCGAUGCUGUGACUGGUUCGUUUACGGCAAUCGAUUUCCAGGGCGUGGGUGGAAUCAAGUUGAAGGAUCGCUGGGUCGAGGGGCCUCGAACAUUCCUAGGAUUGUUCGUUGAAGGAUUCCCAAAUAUGACAAUGGUGAUGGGCCCACAUCAAAUGUUUGGAAAUAUUCCGCGCAGUGUUGAGUAUGCUGUCAGUUGGGUGUCGCGUUUCAUUGAGUAUUGCCGCGACCAUCACAUUACCUUCGCUGAGACCACUCACCAGGGUGUGUUGGACUGGACUGAGCAUGUACACAACUGUGCGGUCGGAUUGCUAGCUAACGAUGUUGAUUCAUGGAUGACAGGAGUCAAUAAAAACCUGGCACAUAAGCAAAAGCGGAUUAUCGCAAGAUACCAAGGCCCAGCUCCCGGGUAUAGGAAGCUCGCUGAGGAUGUGGCGACGCGGAACUACGAGGAUUUGAUAAUGAAGUGA